AGUUGAAUGGUUAUCGGUAUCUACAACUCAAAAAGUUCCUCUAUUUCCAUAAUUAGUAUGAAACUGAUACAAUGCAUUAUCUCCAAGAUCAGAGAUCUCUUUAAGAAUGAUAUUCAGCCCUAUAUGGGCCUUGAAACAGUUGUUAUUACUAUUGUAAUUUUUAAAAUAGCCACCACAAUGAUUAAUUCGGCGUUUAUCGAAAUCCAAAAUGUUAUUAUCAAAAGUUAUAAUAAUCAGGGUAGAGAUAGUGAAAUUGUUCGAAGUAGCUGAAAGAGAGAAAGAAUUUCUGAAAAAGCAUCGACCAGCGGUGCUCUUCUUAUCUUCCAAGUGAUUACACCUAUCUAUCAUAAUCAUAUUUACGAACAGUCCACUACCGACAGCGUCCGCAGAAAGUUCAGGAAUAUCAGUGAAAAAAGUAAUUGCAUGCGCGAUAGGAGAAAAUCCGUCAAAAACCAGUACAUUAUUGUCCAUAUUACCAAAUAACAAGUGAUAAAAUAUAAUAUAAUAUCAUUUGGACUGCCUGGCAAGACUUUGAAGCUAAGAAAUGCUGUUAAUCUUGAUUACUCUAACCUGCUCGUUCUUCCUGAUAAGAAUUUUAUUGUUUGAUACCCACACGAACUUGUAAUCAUGAUUUUUACAAAACUGUUUGGCCUCAAACAAAAGUUUUCGGUAUGUUGGAGAAAGAUUAUCCACAAUAUAAACAGGUCCGUCCGGUAGAUUCUUAUUGAUUCGUUGAGUCCGAAAGCCUUCUUGUGCCUUUGUUUUCGCAUGCAUCUCUUUGUAUUUCUUCAUCCAUGUCUGCUUUGUAAUUCUCGAGUUGAAGGAAACUAUAAUUGAUACCAUCAAUUCUCUUCUGAUGACGGCAAACGGUGAGCUGAGAUACCUGUGGCGAACUUUAGUUACUGAUGCUACUGAAUGAUGUGCAGACCCAGGGGCUGGCACGCCAGUCACUUUGAAGGUGGAUGAGCAUGGCUUCUACCUGCACUGGAUCGAUCAAAACAAGGAAAUCGAUCUCCUUGAUAUAUCGACAAUCAGAGAUACAAGGACAGGAAAGCAGGCGAAGAUCCCCAAGGAUCCGAAGCUGAGACAAGUAGUGACGAUGGGUUCGCAAGACACGCUUGAAGAAAAGACUGUUACCAUUUGCUGCGGCUCCGACUUCGUUAACCUUUCUUUUAUAAAUUUUUGCUGCACAAAAAAAGAAAUCGCACAGUUGUGGACCGAGCACCUCUUGAAGCUGGCCUACAACCUGGCACAGUUGAACAGUUCAGCGAUCAUGUUCCUCCAGAAAGCACACACCAAACUCACGCUUAGCCUCGACAAAACCAACAAAAUACCCAUUAAAAACAUUGUAAAAUUAUUCGCACAAAAUAAAGAAGAUAGAAGGAGAGUGGAAAAGGCUCUUGAACAAUCAGGCUUCCCAUCGACCAAGAAUGAUGCGCUUAAUCCCCAAAAAUUUACGUUUGAAGAAUUUUUCAAUUUCUAUAAGAAUUUGACUCAGCGGGCUGAAGUUGAAAAAAUAUUUGAGGAAUUGUGUGGUAGCUCGAAGCGGAAACUGAUGACUGCUCCGCAACUAGUGGAGUUUCUGAAUAAGACGCAGAGAGAUCCGCGACUGAAUGAGAUUCUGCAUCCCUAUGCCAAUACGACAAGAGCCAAAGACUUGAUCUCAGAAUAUGAGCCAAAUAAGUACAACGCACAACGAGGGCAGCUCAGUUUGGAUGGAUUUCUUAGGUAUCUAAUGAGUGAGGACAACCCUAUAAUAGCUGCAUCGAAAAUUGACCUCUGUGAUGACAUGGACCAACCUUUGGCACAUUAUUUCAUUAAUUCUUCUCACAAUACGUACCUGACAGGUCACCAGCUGACGGGCAAGUCGUCAGUGGAGAUCUACCGGCAAUGCCUGCUGGCGGGCUGCCGCUGCGUGGAGCUGGACUUUUGGAACGGUGGCCGGACGGAGGAGCCGGUCAUAGUGCACGGCUACACAUUCGUGCCGGACAUCUCGGCGCGCGAGGUCAUCGAGGCCAUUGCCGAGUCCGCCUUCAAGACCAGCGACUAUCCGGUCGUACUCUCCUUCGAGAACCACUGCAACCCUCGGCAGCAGGCCAAGAUCGCCCAGUACUGCCGCGACAUCUUCGGCGACAUGCUGCUUGACUCGCCGCUCGACUCUCACAAGUUGGAGCCAGGAGUGCCGCUACCGCCUCCGUCGCUUCUGAAGCGCAAGAUCAUAAUAAAGAACAAGAAGAAGCACCACCACCAUCACCACAAAAAGCCGCAGCAGUCGCCCGACUCGGUGGAGUCGCCCGACAGCCUACAGGCGGCAGUAGUCACUGGCAACGGGGCUCCUGUGCGCCAGGGCAGCAAGGACAGCAAUCCCGAUGAAGACGAAAACGAUGAUGACGAAGAAAGUAGCAGUGGCGAGGAAGAGGAGGAAGUGGGAGAGAAGAUGACAUCUCAAGAUAAGGCGGACAAAGUGGCAGCCGCCAAAGAAACCGAAGCCGGUGCUGAGAUAUCGGCGCUGGUCAACUACGUGCAGCCAGUGCAUUUCACCUCUUUCGAAAACUCUGAGAAGCGUAACAAGUUCUACGAGAUGUCUUCGUUCGACGAGAAGCAGGCGACGGCGCUGCUGAAGGAGCGGCCGAUCGAGUUCGUCAACUACAACAAACACCAGCUGAGCCGCAUCUACCCGGCCGGCACACGCUUCGACUCGUCCAACUUCAUGCCGCAGGUAUUCUGGAACGCCGGCUGCCAGCUUGUCGCUCUCAACUACCAAACUCUAGACCUGGCGAUGCAGCUGAACCUGGGUAUCUUCGAGUACAACCAGCGGUGCGGCUACCUGCUGAAGCCGGAGUUCAUGAGACGCAAAGACCGGCGCUUGGACCCGUUCGCUGAGUCGACAGUAGACGGCAUCAUCGCCGGCACAGUCGCCGUCCACGUGUUGUCCGCUCAGUUCCUGACCGACCGCCGCACCGGCACCUACGUCGAGGUUGACAUGUACGGCUUGCCUGCCGACACCGUCCGCAAGAAGUUCCGCACACGCAUUGUACCCAAUAACGGCAUCAAUCCCAACUACGACGACGAGCCGUUCGUAUUCAAAAAGGUGGUACUGCCGGAACUGGCGUGCAUCCGCCUGGCGGCCUACGAGGAGGGUGGCAAACUGAUAGGUCACCGUGUGCUGCCCGUGACGGGUCUGUGCCCGGGCUACCGCCACGUGGGCCUGCGCACCGAAUGCGGCCAACCCCUGCCGCUCGCCACCCUCUUCCUGCUAGUCGUCGUCAAGGACUAUGUGCCCGACGGGCUGUCCGACUUUGCCGAGGCGCUCGCCAACCCCAUCAAGUUCCAGUCGGAGCAGGAGAAGCGUGCGCAGCAGCUCAGCGUGCUUACCGAUGACGAUCUCGAUGCUCUCGAUCAACAACAACAACAGCAGCAGCAGCAGCAGCAAGUGGAUAGCGAGAAGAGCAGUGGCAAGGGUGCUGGACCAGGGGGGAGGAGCCUGCUGCAGCAGCCAGGUGCACAGGCGGCACCAACCGCGUCGCCGGGCGGCCAUAGGCUGUCCAUUGCGCAUGCACCAGUCACAGCCAAUGAGGAACCACACCCACCGCACCUGGAGGCGGUCACCUCUGCGGUCACUUCGCUCACCUCCCUCACUGGUGACGUCAUCGCUCUCCCUGUCAACCGAAGUCCGCCCUGGCUCAACCCACCUGCCCAGCCCACGCCUGCCAAUCCCACCUUGAGUGAUGGUUUGGUGGCGGAAUCAUUUGAGAAGAUCAUGGAGAGUAAAGUGGUGAAGGAGAAGCGAAUUGAUUUGGAGAAAAGACUGGAAACUUUGAGGAAAAGGCAUGAAAAGGAAAAAACAAAGGCUUCAGAGAGUGAAAAAUCAAAAACAAAAUUCCAUAUUGGUAACAGGCUAGUCAAAAGGCUAUCAAGUAAAAACAUAAGUGAAACAACGGAGACAUCAGAAAGUUUCUCAGAGUGCGAGGGAGAUGGAGUUGUGACGCGACUUCCGCGCAGUCACUCGGAGCGACUGCUCAACCUCUGCAGGGAGCACAUUGAGAGAGAACGCGAACUCAAGGAGCGCUACCAUGACAUGAUCUAUUCAGCUGCAGAGAAGGCGCUGCAAGCAUCGCAGGCGAAUCAGCUGAAAGAACUGCGCGCGCUGCUCGACAAGGAGACGGGCGACGUGAUGCGCCGUUUGGAGGCUGUCAGGCGAACCGAGGUCAAGGAACUCUCCAAGGGCCACAAGGACAAGGAUGAAGUCAUGCGAAUGAAAAGAGAAGUGGCUAGUACAAUAGUUGAGAAGGGAGUGCACGAGAGGAUGAGGCUCACUCAGAUCUACGAGAAGAAGCGCGAGGAACUGGAGCGGCAACAUCAGCAAGUUCGCUAUCAGCUCGACGAGGAACGGUCCAAGGCUAAAGCAGCCAUCAGUCAAGAGUUGGAUGGAAGAUAUGCCAAGGUGGAUGAAGAAUCGGAGGUAGAACUCAUGAACAACCAGUCAGCCCAAUGAGCAUCUAGCAUCAGCAGCUUAUGGCAAUGUUCACAUUUUUAUCGCCUUUUUUCAAUAAAAGGUUGUAUCGUGCUUUUCAAUCAAGGUAUGAUGUAGUUUGCAGUAGUGGCAUCCAAUGAAGGAAACCAAGGAAGUUGUUGAGCUUCAUUUUUCGGCCGUUCCUCCUCAGUUAGUGAGGAGAGGGGGGUAGAGAGAGAGAGGGUGAGAGAGUUGAAGGAUCGAUUUGCGAUCUGUUGAAGAGCAAUACCUAGAUUAGACAAACAAGGUAGAUGAAAUAGGGUAGGAUAAGGUAUCGUAAGAUAUCAAUCAUAAUACAGUAUAUUUAUCCAUUAGUUUAGUCCUGUAGACUACUAGAAUAAAAACGUACUUGAACAAGUGGUGAUAUUUUAAACAACAAUAGAUGUUUCAAAAUACGUUGAAAAAUGUAAUGUUAAGAAGCCUAUGUCAUUGUUGACACUGUUGUUCGUUCUUGUUAUUUUUUUUAUUUGUUUGUUAAAGUUGUUGUUGUUGUCACUAUCAUUCUAACUAAACACCUGAAUUUGAUAUUUUAUAAAACAAGAACUUUACUAUCUUGUGCAGAAAUUGUGUGUGUUUUUUGCGUACGUAUCCUGUACACGAUGUUGAUUCUUGAAAUAAAAACCCCAUUAAUAAUUAAUAAAUUACAAACUAUAUUAUAGUAUAGGUGUAUGUUCUCCGCUAUUAUUUAGUAUCUAUUAAAAGUUUGUCGGUGUGUACUGUAAACUAUCAUAUUCAUAAAUACUACUGUACUUGUGUAUGUGCCUCAUUUUAUAGUAAAUUUAUUGGCCGAUUAUGUAUGUACAUAUAAUCUGCCUGUCUGUCUGUCCACUUUGUAUUUUUAAGCCUUCUAGAAGUUGAGAUAUUGUUUGAAUGUUGCUGAUGGAGCUCAAUCAGCUUGAAGAGAUUGACACCUUCCGGCCGAUUUGACACAAAUUGUUAUGUAGAUCUGUAAAUCUUGUAGUUUUGUUGAUAGAGUUAAGCAAUAAUUAAUGCUAUAUUUGCUGUGGUUGCUAGAUGGAAUACUUCUCAGGUUUUCUCUGAUAUUGAAAACUAAAAUAACUGUUCGGUACAUUGUAAUUUCGAAUGAUCAUGGAGUAGUGAUAAAUCAAUUUUUAUCCAUUCAUUUACUUGAAACAUUCAUCGAAUUUCAAUUUAUUGUACUGUAAAGAAUUUAUUUCUUCAAUUUUAGCCUAGUAAGCUAAGUUUUAUUUAUGUGUUAAACAUUUUUAAGAGGUUUCAAUACAAUGAUUCUAGUCCUUUUGAUCUUUAUAUGAUAAUAUUGAUUGUUUUCCUAUAGUAUUUUAUAAUUCAAUUAUCUGAAAAUGAUAUUUUAGUCUUCCGACUUGAUUUUUAUGUACAUAGUAUAGUAGUCAGUCUUCUUGUUGUCUGUGUAUUGUUGAAUUUUUGCAAUUCCCAAGUAUUAUAGAGGUAUAAUAAUCCUCAUUAUUAGGUCAUUCGACAUUGUUGAAUUAGAUAGGUAUUGUUCAUUAGAUAGAACAAUUUUGUAGGUUUCAUUACUGAUGUUAUACUUAUUGUAUUCAAAUAUACAUUUAUUUAUCAUUUCAAAUAGUUGAAUUGUAAUGAGGAUUGUUUAGUAUAGUAGGUAGUUUUAAUGUUUAAUGUUACAUUUAUUAAUUAUAAUUUGAAAAAAAGUAGUAGAAAUAAUAUAUCUAGCUUAUUAUAAAAAUACUUAUUAUUAUUAUCCUGCAACUACUAGUUUAAUCAAUAUAAUAAGUAUAUUGAUGAGAGGACAAUCAUGUUUUCUGAAUAGUUUUAAAGUAAUAAUGAUGAUAAAAGUGUUGUUGACAUUGACAUUUUUUGUUUUAUCUUAACAAUAUCAAACUAGUGGCUGUGCUAUUUAUUGGUUUUUAUGUUCAGGUCAAUGAUAUUGAUAGAGUUUUGAAAUCUAUAUAAUUAUGUAUUUGUUUUUAUGACCUGUGUGUAUCUUUCUGUGAAGAUUAUAACGUGCAAUUUAUCCAUUGAAAUGUUCUAUUAAUAUGGGGGAGAUUCAGUAGCCAUUUAAAUGUGGAAGCCUUGACCAUUCUUGGUCAGUUUGUGACGGAAUUUGAUUAACUUUAAACAUUCUCUAUUAUCUUAACAAUAGUACCCUUUAAAAAUAGAUUAUAUAACUAUUCAAAUAACAGUUCAAUAAUAUUGCCCACAACCUCUUAGUGAGAUAGCCAGAUAAUGAGUAUUCACAAUGUGUAUGUAUACAAUUUUGUACUUGGAUACAAGAUAGUUUAUCAUUGAAAUAAAUUGAAUACAGGACACAAAAUUCUGAAAAAUUGUAAUUAAAUGUAUACAAAAUUAUAAGGUAGUUUCUUAGUUCUCUCCCCCUCUAGCAACUUAAUUUGCAGUGAACAAUUUGAUAUAGUAAUUUAUUAAUAUCUAGUUCUAAAGUUGAUGAAACGUAUUACAAAUUCUAUAAUAAUAUGUUUGGAAUUUUUUUUAGUAAUUUCAUUUUAUGUUUGAAAUUGAUGAUUAUUUCUAUCAUCUCAAUAAAAUUAGGGUAUGGGCUAUAGGCUACUUCUUAAAAACUAUCUCUCCCAAACCCUUGAUUAUUGUUGUUAUUAUAACAUCCUCUUUUAUUAAUUCACCUAGCAUUGCUAAAUGAACGAACAAUCAAUCAUUGAAAGCCAUAAUGUAUUUUAAGUAUUUUUCCAUGUUUCUAUUAAUUCUUGUUCCAUUACUGAUCAAAUAUCGACACAAUCAAUUUUCUCUCAAAAAUUACUGUGGCCAUAAACAACUAUUAAAAAUUAAAUUCUAUAGCUUUCUCCAUAAGCACUUGAAAAAAAAUUGUAUGUUUAAUGAUCAUUGUUGUAUCAAAAAUUUGGUAAUUUAAAAUAAAACCUUGAAAAAAUACGAUAUUGUAUUGCAAGCGACUAUUACUAGUAGCGUAUAUAGACCGCUUGGCGGGUGUAGAUUGGACAAUCUGUUCCCAAAGAUAUGGCAUUUUAGAAAUGUUUUUGUGGAUUGUGAAAUGAAAUUUGAAUUUUUCUCAUAGUUUGAACGAAUCUCUAUUGUUAAAUUUGACAUAUUACUGUACAAUGUUGAAAUAUGGAGUACGAUGUCCAAAUCAUAUAGGCGUACUUCCUUUACCCUUUGUAACUAUUGAAAAUUAUUUGUAUCGAUCCUGGCGUUCAUGAACUCUGGUUGUGUUUAGGCUAAGCCAACAAAGACUUGUAAAUUAGAAUAAGACAGGAUCUACAAACAAUUACGUUUCAUUAAUUAUAAGUACAUAAGGUAAAACAUUUAGUAAGUUACAGCUAUUUUUAAAUUUCUUAGAAGUCCGAUAACUCAUACUUCUAAAUUAAUACUGUUUCACGGUAGGGCUCACUUUUACAAAGAAAAGAAUUUUCUAUUAUAGUUAUUCAAUUGUAAAUUUAACAGAAUAAUAAUAUACUUAAUGAAUGAAGCUGUUAUCUAUGGUACUAAACUUCAACUCUAUUGAAGAAAAGUUAUUUAUUACAAAAAAAAACAUUGGCGCACCAUACUUGCAGAAUAAAAUGGUAUUGUAUUGUA